CGGCGGCCGGAUACCGACAGGGGACGGCAAUGCACACGAUGACGCCGUACUGCUUCCCGCCGGCCGCGUUCGAGGCCGAGGCCUUCCGCCCGCUCGAGUUCCUCGAAGAAUGCCAGAGCCGCCAUCCGAUCGCCCAGGUGCAUCGCGACCUGGAGGCCUUCAAGCGCUCGCUAGAGAACCAGCUGGUGGCCAUCAUCGACAAGGACUAUGCCGAGUUUCUCCAGCUCUCGACCAAGCUCAAGGGCGUCAACAGCGCCGUGUCGUCGCUGCGCGAACCGCUGCUCGUCAUCAUGGAUCGCGUUCUCGCUGUGCAGGCCGCCGCUGCCGAUCUCGUGGACAAGGCCAACGCACAGAUGCGCGAUCUGCAGCAGCUCGAGCAAACAAAAGAAGACCUGGGCCUUACGAUCACACUCUGCGAGAAGCUCGAUCUCGUCGAAAGCCUUUUGCACGUCGCCACCGUCGACGACACGGCGUCGUCAUCCGAAAACGACAGCGAAUUGGAAGACGACGUGUACAUUGCAAUGCAACGCGACGACCAAGCGCAAGUACUCGAGCGCGUGGCCAAACUCACCGUCGAGCUCCAGUACCAGAUCGCGCUCGGCGCCGACGUGCCGUCCGUUCAAGCCGAAGAGCCGCGCAUGUCGGCCAUUGAGCGCGUGCUGCGCGAGAAGCUCGAGGCAGAGCUCGCGACCGAGAUUGUACCCGACACAUUCUACGCGCGCGACCACGUCAUCAACGUCACCAACGUCAACCGGCUCUUGCGCGCUUACGUGGCGCUUCAGGAGACGGCGGUGCCCGAAGACAUGGUCGGGCGCCUCCUCGUCCAGCCCUUUUUGGAUUUGACGAUGACGCGUGCGCGCUUGGAUGGCCGCAGUCGCGGGUCGUGCGAGGGCCUUGGCGGCAUCUACACAGCGAUUCUCGAGUUUGUCACCAAGACGCUCGGUGGCGUCCUCGCGCUGCCUGUCUGCCAAGGGCCGACCAAGAAUUGUGUGGACCUUCUCACGCAGUCGGUGUGGAAGCCCGUGUUUGCCACGCUCUGCGAAAAGCUGCCCGAGAUCUUCAUCGCGUACAACCCCGACCGCAUGUACCACAACUAUAGCGUGUCCACAAGCUUUGUACAGUCGCUCGAAGCGCUAUGUGCCUCGGAAUAUGCGCGGACGCGGCUUCGGCUCAGCGUCACGCCGUUCGACGCCAAGUGGAACUUGGACGUGUACUACCAGCUGCGGCACUCGGAGCUGACGCAGGCGCUGUCGACGAGCUUGGGGCAGCGGCCGGCCGACGCGACGUAUCUCCAAGAGACGAUCGAAGACAUAGUGUUUCCAUCGACCAAGCAAGUGGCACUCUUGACGCGCAAGUGCUUUUGCGAUGGCGUCCUAUUACACGCACAAACCCCCCAAUUUGCGCGCCUCUGCCUCGAACUCCUGGCCGCGUUUGUCCAGUACUGGCAACCGCCGCUGGCAACCGCACAGAGCCUCGCUGUCGAGAAGGCCAGCGGCAUCUUUGGCACCGUCAACCACAGCUGCGUGGCGUCGGGCGACGAUGUCUUUGCAUUUGGCAACGACGUGCAUCGACUGCAAACUCUGAUCGCAUCGGAGCUGAAGUCAGAGCUACGCCGUCGACUGGCGCACGCUCUUCCCUCCGACGAGGCGGGCGCGAUGGCCACCUCACUGCUCGCACAGUCGCUACAGGACGUUGCCGCGCUCGAAGUGAUCUGCUGGGACAUUGCCGCCAACCUCGUGACGGACGACUGCAUGAAGGUGCUCCCGGCCGUUCGUACCAUCAAGGGCCAGUACCAGAUGACCAACAAACCCAUGCCGUCGACGCCGUCGUUGUACGUGCCGACGAUCGUCAAGCCGCUCGAAAGUUUCUUGGCAAAAUGGGGGACCCCGCUGCGCAACGAGAGCGGGUUUGCCCAGCGCGUGCUCUUCGCAACGUGCACCACGUAUGCGUCGCUGGCGACCGAGCUGCUCAAGUCGGCGGCCGAGCUCGAAGAGUCGCUGAAAAGCCGCAAGCUGCAGCGGGCCUCUACGGCAACGACCUUGGAUGGUGUGUCUGACACGGACAAGAUGCGGCGCCAGGUCGAGCUCGACAUGCUUGAAUUUGGAUGGUUGGCACGCGCACUGCACGUCGAGAUGGACGAGUGCGAGGCUUACACGGCCCUUCUGCGGCAUGUAGAAAGCACGUAGACUCUGGCUUUGCGCCGUACGACCACCGAGUUCCGAGACGCUGGAUACAGGAAACGUCAAAUACACUGUUUCAUCCCUUCUCUGUCG